GUUUCUUUCUUAUAUUCAUAGAAAAUAUGUCACGUCAUAGAGCUGUUCGAAACUUGGAUAUUGACGACGUCCUCGAAGAAGACGACUACAACAGCGAAUACGACGAAAACGAACUUGAUGAGACACAACUCUCUAAUGAAGACAUGGAUAAAUUAGACGAUGGUCUAGCUUAUGUCUAUAGUAUUAUUGGCUAUGAUACUUUUUUGACAGCCAAAGAAAUUAAAGAAGCAUUAUGGUAUUAUUAUUUUGAUAGAGAAGAGACUGUAGAUUGGGCAUUAGAUAAAAUCGCAGCAGAAGAAAAGAAGAGAGCCAAAGAAGAAGCAAAGAAAGCUGCUAUUACUGAAAAGAAAGCUGCUGCUGCAGCUCAAAAGAAAGCUACACCCAAGCCAAAAUCAAAACCCAAAGACGAUCAAGUAGAAUUUUUAUCUGAUGAAGAAGAAAUGGCCCAAGAUAUGAAAGCUAUGGGUCUAACUAACCCCAAACCAGCAGAACCUUUAGCCAAGAUUCCUGCUUCAAAACGUGUGAAUGUAGCUGAAGAGUUCCAGAAACGAUCCGGUGAAAAACCGAAGCUCAACUUAGUUGUGAUAGGUCAUGUCGAUGCAGGCAAAUCCACAUUGAUGGGCCACUUUUUAUACGAUCUCGGUCAAGUGAAUGAACGCACCAUGCGUAAAUUUGAACGUGAUUCCCAGAAGAUUGGUAAAGGUUCUUUUGCCUUUGCUUGGGUAUUGGAUGAAACGGGCGAAGAGCGUGAUCGUGGUAUUACCAUGGACAUUGCUACCAACUACUUUGAGACAGAACACCGUGCAUUCACCUUGUUAGACGCACCUGGACAUCGUGAUUUUAUCCCGAAUAUGAUCUCAGGUACAGCUCAAGCCGAUGCAGCUAUCUUGGUAGUGGAUGCCUCUACCAAUGCCUUUGAAUCCGGGUUUGAUGCAGGCGGACAAACCAAAGAACAUGCUGUGCUUGCAAGAAGUCUAGGUGUACAACAAUUGAUUGUGGCCAUCAACAAAUUGGAUACGACUGAAUGGUCCCAAGCACGAUACCAAGAAAUUGAAAGUAAAUUAGGCGUCUAUCUUUCACAGGUUGGGUUCAAGAAGUCCAAAAUGACCUUUAUUCCUGUAUCUGGCUUGACAGGUGAAAAUCUGGUCAAGAAAUCCAAAGAACCUGCUCUGACAAGUUGGUAUAAGGACGGCCCUACUUUGAUGGAACAAAUUGACAAGUUUGAUGCUCCCACAAGAUUGUUGGAUCGACCUUUGAGAAUGCGUGUCACUGAUUUCUUUAAGGGUGGUAUUGGUAGCAGUGGAGGUGUGUCUGUUGCUGGUAAUAUUGAAUCUGGUCAUGUACAAGUAGGUGAGCAAGUCAUGAUUGUUCCUGGAAAUGAAGUUGGUUAUGUCAAGACCAUGCAAGUGAAUGAAGAGCCAUCUACAUGGGCUGCUGCUGGUGAUUCUGUAUUAAUGACUUUGGUCAAUUUGGAUAUUUUGAACCUAAGUAAUGGUUGUGUACUGUGCUCAGGCUCUAAUCCCGUUCCGGUUACAACCACUUUUGAAGCACAAAUUGUCGUUUUUGACAUUCGUAUUCCCAUUACACCAGGUUACCCUAUUGUGCUUCAUCACGGCAGCUUAGAUGAACCUGCAUCUAUCCUGAAAUUAGUCGAGAUUCUUGACAAGUCGACAGGUGAAGUAAUCAAAAAGAAUCCCCGUGUUUUGACAAAAGGCAUGACAGCCAAAGUACAAGUGAAGCUAUCUCAACGUCCAAUUCCAUUGGAGACAUUUAAAGAUAACAAACAACUGGGUCGCAUCAUGUUACGUAAGGAUGGCGAAACUGUUGCUGCUGGUGUUGUGAAUGAGAUCUUGACUUUUGGCUCAUAAUAAAAUCUUUUCUGUUUAACACAUGAGGUAAUGCCUCACUCAUUACACAUUGUGUAACUUGUAGUAUUUCACUUUUUAUUUUUUUUCUUCUCAUGUAAAAGAACAAGAGCUUUUUCAAUAAAACAAAAACAACAAUUGACAGGACAAAAAUGGAGUUGUGUGCAAAAAUAGGUCUGGGCGUUCUUUGUUGUUGUUUUUUUUGCUUCACAACAAACAAUCAUGUGACAGAACUAUUCUGCCGCUGCCGCCGACAAAUAAUCCCUUUUUGAGAUAUAAAACGGUCUUCUUUUCUCACUUUUU